AUGUCCAAAGAUGGAGACAUCGUUCUGGGCGGAAUUUUCAGUCUGCACUCCAGUAUAGAGAAUCCGGAGCUUUCCUUUGAAACCCAACCCAAAGCGGUAAAAUGUAAAAUGUUUGAUUUCAGAGAAUUUCGCUUUGUGCGGGCAAUGAUGUUUGCGAUUGAAGAAAUAAACGGGAACCGUACACUGCUCCCCAAUAUUACACUGGGUUACCAGAUUUAUGAUUCCUGUAGCAUGCCAUCCUUGUCUACUAAAGCAGCCUUUGAAAUUUUGGAUGGGCAAAAGGGUGUCCAAUCAGGGGAUGACUGCAGGAAUCUUUACGGUAUUGUAGCUGAAUCUGGAUCCUCCCAGUCCGCCGCAGCCGCAAGGUUACUGAGUCCUUUCAGAAUCCCCAUGGUUAGUUACUUUUCAACCUGUGCAUGUUUGAGCAACAAAAAGGAAUAUCCGUCAUUUUUUAGAACAAUACCCAGUGACUACUUUCAGGCAAGGGCCUUGGCCCAACUGGUGAAACAUUUUGGAUGGAGUUGGAUUGGAACAAUCAACAGUGACAAUGACUAUGGUAACUUUGGAAUGCAAGCGUUCACUGAUGCCGUGAAACAGUUGGGAGUUUGCAUUGCCUUUUCGGAGUCGUUUUAUAGAACCUAUCCCAGGGAAAAGCUACUCAAAACCGUUAGAGCUGUGAAGGAAUCAAGUACAAAAGUUAUCGUGGCCUUUGUUGCUGAAGGUGAUAUGGCUAUUUUGCUAAAGGAGAUCGCAAAACAAAAUAUCACAGGCAUCCAAUGGGUAGGGAGCGAGGCUUGGAUUUCCACACCGAUCCUUUCCUCAGAAGAAAGCCGGAAGUUCCUUAUCGGAGCAUUAGGAAUCGCAAUACGUCAAGUACAUUUACCCAAUUUUAAGGAAUUUCUAAUGCAAAUUCAUCCUUCGGCAGACCCAGGAAAUAUUUUACUCAAAGAAUUUUGGGAAACGACUUUUAGCUGUCGGCUAAGCUUGGCAGAAAACAAGGCGAAUGAGACGGAACAAACUUCUGAAUGUUCAGGCAGAGAGAAUUUGCGAACAAUUAAGAAUACCUACACGGACGCAUCUCGCUUGAGAAUUACGUAUAACGUGUACAAAGCAACAUAUGCUCUAGCGCAUGCUCUGCACAAUAUGCUCUCAUGUGAAACGGUGAAAGGAGCAUCCACUGAGAACAAGUGUAAAAACGUUUCCAAUUUUCAAUCACAACAGCUUUUGCAGUAUUUGAAAGCGGUCAAUUUCACCACUAAGACUGGUGAAACUGUGUAUUUCAACGAAAAUGGGGAUCCAGUUGCAACAUAUGACAUCGUAAACUGGCAAAGCGCUGGGGGUAGCACUGAUGUAGUAACUGUUGGAUAUUAUGAUGGAUCUGCACCUCCAGGCAAAGAAUUAAACAUAAACGAAGAAGCAGUUGUUUGGAGUGAAAACCAGAGGAAGGUACCACAGGCAAUUUGUUCUGAAAGCUGUAUCGUUGGAACAAGGAAAGCUGCCAGAAAAGGACAACCUGUUUGCUGCUUUGAUUGUAUAGAAUGUGCUGAAGGUGAAAUCAGUAACGUGACAGAUUCAGCAAUGUGCCUAAAAUGUCCUUGGGAUUAUUGGUCUAAUGUACAGCGAAACCAAUGCAUACCGAAGAUAACCGAAUUCCUUUCCUUUGAGGAGACCAUGGGGAUUGUUUUAGUGACACUGGCAAUAAUCGGAACCAGCUUCACAGUAACUGUCAUCAUAAUUUUCUAUAUUCACAUAAACUCUCCCAUUGUUAAAGCUAACAAUUCAGAAUUAAGCUUUUUGCUUCUUUCUGCUUUAGCACUGUGCUUUCUCUGUUCAGUAAUGUUCAUUGGAAAACCUUCAAACUGGUCUUGCAUGCUACGUCACACAGUGUUUGGCAUUACCUUUGUUCUCUGCAUUUCUUGUGUUUUAGGUAAAACGUUGGUUGUAAUGAUGGCCUUCAAUGCAACCCUUCCUAAUAAUAACAGGAUGAAGUGGUUUGGGCCAAUGCAACAGCGCCUGGCUGUUUUAAUCCUUAUGUUUGUACAAUGUCUAAUAUGCACUAUCUGGUUAAUUACAUCACCACCCUAUCCAUUGAAAAAUGUUAAAUAUUUUAAAGAUGUAAUCAUUUUAGAAUGUGACGUUGGGUCUGUGACAGCUUUUUAUUGGGUAAUUGGUUACAUUGGAUUUUUGUCCUGUGUUUGCUUUGUGGUUGCCUUUUUAGCCCGUAAACUGCCAGACAAUUUCAAUGAGGCUAAAUUUAUUACUUUUAGCAUGCUUAUAUUCUGUGCAGUUUGGAUAACAUUCAUUCCAGUUUAUAUAAGUUCCCCUGGAAAAUACACCGUAGCUGUAGAAGUGUUUGCUAUUCUGGCAUCCAGCUUUGGCCUACUUAUCUGCAUUUUUCUUCCUAAAUGUUACAUUAUUCUACUAAAACCAGAGAAGAAUACUAAGAAAAAUUUGAUUGGUAAAGUCACUUGA